UAUGUCAUGUCUACUCACAGAGUAUUUGCUGUCAAAGUCAAAUUCACGUAAACAUUUUAUUUGCCUACUUAAACAUACAAUACGUAAAAUGUAAGGAGUAAAAGUUUUGUAAAAUGGCUCAAGGGGUAUUGAGCUCGGAUAUUUCUCGAAGGAAUCCUCAGGAUGACUACGAGUUAAUACAAAGAAUUGGGAGUGGAACUUACGGAGAUGUCUAUAAGGCAAAAAGACUGUCUACAAAUGACUUAGCUGCUAUUAAAGUUAUAAAACUGGAGCCUGGAGAUGACUUUGGGAUCAUACAACAGGAGAUACUUAUGAUGAAGGACUGUCGACAUCCUAAUAUAAUAGCUUAUUAUGGUAGUUAUUUGAGACGGGAUAAAUUAUGGAUUUGCAUGGAAUACUGUGGUGGCGGAUCACUACAGGAUAUAUAUCACAUUACAGGACCUUUAGCAGAAAAUCAAAUAGCAUACAUGUGUCGCGAAACAUUAUUAGGCCUUCAGUACCUUCACGGUAUGGGCAAAAUGCAUAGGGACAUCAAGGGAGCUAAUAUAUUAUUGACGGAAAGUGGUGAUGUUAAAUUAGCAGACUUUGGCGUUUCGGCACAAAUAACGGCAACAAUUAAUAAGAGAAAGUCUUUCAUUGGAACACCAUAUUGGAUGGCACCCGAGGUAGCUGCAGUCGAACGUAAAGGGGGUUACAAUCAGCUUUGUGAUAUUUGGGCGACGGGGAUAACUGCAAUAGAACUGGCGGAGUUGCAACCUCCAAUGUUUGAUUUGCAUCCAAUGAGGGCUUUAUUCUUGAUGUCGAAAAGUGGAUUCAAACCUCCGACUUUAAAAGACAAGGAAAAGUGGAGUCCUACUUUUCACAAUUUCGUAAAAGUGGCUUUAACAAAAAACCCAAAGAAGCGACCUACAGCAGAAAAAUUGUUGCAGCAUGCUUUUUUCCAAGGAGAUAUGCAUAGAAGACUGGCUUUAGAACUAUUGCAAAAAGUAAAUAAUCCUUCGCACAUGUUCACAGAUCUUGAACCAGAUGAGGAUGGGGCUGUGCCGAAUGUGCCACAGAGAAUCGCAUCACGACUGACAUCACGACCAAAACAGCAGAACGUUCACGUGAACGUGGACAUACAGCACAUAGACGAAUCAAACAAUACCAUACAAAAGACAGCAAAUGUGAUCGUUGAAGAUAAAGGACAGCCUUGGGAUCUAAUGGACAUUAUGAAUAACGUCACCAGUGUACACAAUUGCGUAGAACACCAAAAUCAAAAAUGCGGCAUCGGGACUGCUUUCGACUCUCUCAAUCGAGAAAAUGCUGAGAGAAAAGCUAUGACUGGGUCGCAAAUUUUGAAAAUGUCACUGAGGAGUCUCUUGCAGUACAUUGACGAAGAGUUAAUGAUGAGGGGAGCCUUCAAGUAUCACCCAACGGACUACGAACAACAGGCGACGCUUCCCGUGCAGGAUACGGACGCGACGGUGAAGUGCGACAUUCAUACAAUACCUUCUAGUCCCACGGCGGAGCCCGCAUUUAACGGUUCGCCCAGAAGACAUUCCUCGGUAGAUGAGAUCUUUGGUCUUGUAAAUUCGAUGAACAUAAACGGCCAACGGCAAAGGUCACUUAGCGAUAGCGGACGUGCGACUGAUAGAGAUAGGGAAGUUAACGGAACUGAACAAGAUACUAACAAUCACGAUACGAGUGCACCCGAUUUAGUUACUUGCCCCCCGGUGCCCCCUAGGAAGCAUCGUCGGAGACACACGCCCCCGCGACCUCCGAGUAACGGGUUGCCUCCAACCCCGAAAGUUCACAUGGGAGCGUGCUUUUCGAAGGUAUUCAAUGGUUGUCCUCUCAGAAUACACUGUACAGCGUCCUGGAUCAACCCGGAUACGCGAGAUCAACAUAUCCUUAUCGGUGCAGAGGAAGGCAUAUAUAAUUUGAAUCUGAAUGAGUUACACGAAACGUGCAUCGAUCAGCUGUACAACAGGAGGACUGUCUGGAUGUACGUUAUAAAAGACGUCCUUAUGACGCUGUCAGGGAAAACGCCGCAACUAUAUCGACACGAUCUCCUGGCGUUACAAAACAAACAGUCCCAUAGGUUUAGUCUGCACAUGAACCGGAUCCCCGAACGUCUGGUACCGAGAAAGUUUGCCUUAACCACGAGGGUUCCCGAUACCCGCGGCACCCAAAAAUGCUGCGUGGCGAGGAACCCUUACAACGGUUACAAAUAUCUGUGCGGUGCUACCUCGAACGGUAUUUUUCUCAUGCAGUGGUACGACCCGCUAAAUAAAUUUAUGCUCUUGAAGCAUGUGGAGUGCGUUUUGCCAAAUCCGCUGAACGUCUUCGAAAUGAUAAUAACGCCCGAAUUGGAAUACCCGAUGGUGUGCGUGUCUAUCAAGCAGAUGUAUCAGCCCAACAGGUUCAAGUUGGAUUUGAUAAACAUGAAUUCAGGUGCGAGCUGGUUCCAUUCGGACGAACUGCAGGAGAUGGACGGUACGGCCACGGUUAUCCCGCGUCGCGAGAACAUCGACGUAGUGAACGUCACCCAACUGGAUAAAGACUCGAUUUUGGUUUGUUACGACAAUGUGGUAAGGGUGGUUACGCCCCAAGGGAAACUUAAGAUGAACAAGAAACAGGUUUCGGAGCUGCGGUUCGAUUUUAGAAUUGAUAGUAUAAUAUGUCUUCCGGAUAGCGUGCUAGCUUUCCACAAGAACGGGAUGCAAGGCAGGUCUCUCAAAAAUGGGGAGAUCACCCAAGAAAUUACGGACACUUCGAGAACGUACAAAUUAUUAGGUUCGGAUAAAGUUGUGAUGUUAGAAAGUAAUUUACUGCGAACUGGAACGUUAACAAAUGACGAAGGUCAUGACUUAUAUAUUUUGGCAGGGCACGAAGCUAGUUAUUAAUAGAAUAAUGAAUUCGCUCGUCAUAAACUGAGUUUUCUGCUUUGCAUAGAAAGUUAGAAUCAAAACUUAACUUAUUAAUAGAAUAGACCUUUAGUUAAGUCAGGAAAGAAUACAGAAAUCGUGAUGUUUCUAGAAAGAGCGACUCUAAUAUGAAAUAAUAAUUAAUUAAUUAUACUUGACAUACCUCAAUUACAUUUCUCUAGGGAAUUAGAGAAGACGUACGUGUAUGUGUAUUUGAAAUAUUUUUAAAUACCGCAUUAAUGAAUUUUAGGAACAACAAGUACAUUGAAAUAUAUAGUAUAUUAUAUUUUCAUGAUUAAAGUAUAUAAUUCUAUUGAAAAUUUAAAAAAGUAAUUUUUCACAGUAAAAAUAUUUUAAAAAUGAAGAUUUUAUAUUUACGUCUAGAUAUCGUGUGUUUGUUUGCUUAGUUUCCGUUUACCUUUCGAAAAAAAAUCCCAUUUCACACCAAACCAUUUUAAUCGUUUCUGUAUAUUUUGCAACCCGUAUCCAUGUACUCGCGUCUAGUCAAAUCUUCCGAUACAUAUCCGAGAAGACAGUAGAUUACAUCAAGCAUACUUGUGAAAUGGAAUUUUAAGAUCAAAUCACGUUUACCGAGGAACAUAAUAAUUAACACAUUUUCUCUAAUUGCAUAAAACAUAAGUUAAUUGGGCAUAAUAGCGUUCCAAGUAUUUAAAUCGCUAUAGCAAUAAUUAGAAGUUACACUUCGAUAGUUUUCAUAUUUCUUAAAGACAAAUACCGUCACUAUCUUUUGGAAAUGGUGAAUUAUGUCUUGUGUUAUUAUAUGAUUGUCGUAAUUAAUAAACAUAAUUAAAAAGAAAAUAUUGAAAUUUAUCGUGCGGAAGCAAGUUCUAAGAUAUAUAUACAGCCUUGCUUAUUUCUUAAAAGACGCCCCCGAACGAAAUAUUUUCGUUUAAUUUUCUAUACCCUUGUGAUAUCUUCUUGCUUCGGUAAAGCCACUAACAGCCAAUAUGCUGUCGUUGACGUGACAUUUUUAGUCUCCCUACUUUUCACGUAUCCAGUAUAUAUUGUAAGAAUCCUAAAAUUUUGUGUUAAAUUAAAAAAAAAACAUUUAAACGUAAGAACAAAGAAAAAAAUUAAGUAAUAAAGUUUAUUUAUGUCACAAUGCAAUAUUUUCAUUUAAACGUGAAAAAAGAAGUCACGAAAAAAGCAAAUUCAUGAUUUUCUAAAAAUUGUGAGUUCUAUAUUAAAAUGCUUGUUUUUGAUUAAAUUUUUGAUUAAAUUAUAAUCAUUUAGACAUAUUUCAUUCGAAAAACAUUACCAAAGUCAUUUUUAUUCUAUUGUACUCCAAUAAAUUAAAAAAUAAUAAAAAAAAAUCUUAAACUAAGUCACAUAAAGUUCUUCUACACCAAAAGUCUAGGUAUACUAACGAUAUCUAACCUUACAGACAAGAUUCCUAAUUGUCGUUGUUUCUUGCAAUAUCGACAGUUACGAAUCUUUCCCGUGGAGUUAUCGAAGAACACUGACCUUAUUUGAUAAGAUUUUCUUGAGAAAAUGUUUGAAUUUGUUUGAAUCAGAUUAAUACCUUUGGUACUAGAGUAAAAAUAGAACAUGUUUUUUAAAAAUUACCAAAGUUAAUUAAUAUGAAAUUCAUACUAUUAUUAUACAGGG